GGGAUUCAGAUGAUAAGAUCUCGGAAGCUAGAGCUCAAGUUCAUUUCAGCUUGUUCACUACCCGGAGUCGUUGAUAAGUGCUUUUCUCGGUUGUUCAGUUUUUAUUAAACCGGUAGCUUUACGAAUAUUAAUAAACCUGACUCUCGGUAUUAACCGAUGAUGUCCUUGAAUGAGGUCUAAAUCAUAAAUGUUUGAGCACUCUGCUGAAGCAAUUCUAGCGUUACCUUGAUAUUUGACGAUAGGCAAAGAUAAACAAGUUAUCUGUGCCCCUAUAAAACUGAUCAAUAAUCCUUCAAGUUUUCUACAGCAUAAUUGUCAGUAACUGUUACUGUUAGUUUAAUAUUCAGAAGUACAUAUCCUGAAUAUUCUGCAGAAAAUGAACGCAACAAAAGUGAAUUGGGAGAUUCCUUCCCUCUGUGUAAUUACCGGCGCAAGUCGAGGAUUAGGUAGAGUACUUAGUCUAAGCUUAACCAAGAAAUUACCACGAAAUUCGAUUAUCGCAUUGAUCGCUCGAAGUGAAGAAGGAUUAAAAGGAACAAAGCAACUAAUUGAAGAAUGUGAUAAAGAAACACAAGUAAUAACAAUACCAAUGGACCUGACUACAGUUUCUGCAACACAGGUAGAACAGCUUUUGGCCAAAGUAUGUCAGUUUGUGGAAAGUUGCCCAGUAAAAAUUGAUCAAGCAUUUUUGAUUCAUAAUGCUGGUACCAUUGGUGAUAUAUCCCGGAAAGCUUCCAUGUUUAAAGAUGGUGACGAAAUAACGAGAUAUUUUAACCUAAAUUUUAACUCGGCUGUAAUUUUAACCUCAGUUUUUCUUGAAAAGAUUCUUAAAGAUAACAUUAAAUUUCGGCACAUAAUUCACAUUUCUUCUUUAGCAUCACAAAAGGCAAUUGAUGGAUGGAGUCUUUAUUGUUCAGGAAAGGCUGCCAGAAACAUGUACUUCAAAGUUCUGGCUCAGGAAGACCCUAGCUUGAGCAUUAUUAGUUAUGGCCCAGGACCAUUAGACACAGAAAUGAUGAAAGAAAUACUUGAAAAUGCUUUACCAGAAGUCGGAGCUUUCAUGCAGAAAGUUUCCAAUGAAGGAAAACUUUUGAAAUGUGAAACUACAGUGGCUCGACUGUUUACUAUUCUGGAGGAAGGGAAGUUUAAAUCAGGAGACUAUGUAGAUGUGUUUGACAAGCUGUAAACAUUGACAGAAUCUACAAAACGUUGUGGAUUUAAUUCCAAAUAUUAGUGACUAUACAUUAGUAAAGUUACAAAAUAUACAACCACUUACUGAACACAAUAAAGUAUUAUAAGGUAAAAAUUCUGUUUCACAAGUAUUCAUAUAUAUAUAUGAUUGUUAAUAUUAUUUUCAAACAAAGCAAGAAAACACUGAGUAUACCAGUGUUUUUAAAAUGGUGCUUUUUGAUCCCAAUAAUUUUCAUUAGUAUGAUGAUGAAUAGUGAUAAAAACAAAAGAAAAUACACAUUAAAGAGAAGUAUGUUGUUUACUAGGGUGUAUUUGAAAAUUGUGCUAUAAAAUGAUUGAAUGUUUUGUCGUUUCUUUUAAAGGGCUAAACAUUUUUAGUCAAAAAAUCUAGGUUGCAUGUGAAGUUUAUAGAUUUUUAGUUGAACUGAUUAAGUGAAAUCACAGUGUAACUAAUAGAAGCUUUUUUUGGGUACGUGAAAUUCCUGAUGCAUUGUUAUUAUUGCCAGUAAUGGUUUAGGUGCUAGUAAAUUGACUGUUAAUAAUAUAAAUAUGAAAAGAAAAAUACCCAAGACUGUACAUGAAAAUGCUUUACACAGGUGUAUUUACAUUUAUAUUUCCACAAGAUAAGUAGGUAAUUUGAUUUUGACAACACUUAGAGAUGUUCUAAGUGGCUGAAAAAAAAAACUUAAAUACUCAAGUAUGAAAUUUAUUAAAAUACACACUGGUUAUACAACAGUGGAUAGUAAAAUUUCUAUUGUAAUAAAUAUACUUUACCUUUUAAAUGAAGUGGACUUACUAUACUUGAAAAUAUUAUAUGUACUUUACUGGUCAAAAUUCAAUAUUAUUCCUUAACUAAAUAGGUCUUGUGCAUAAAUAAUUUAAGUACUAUAGUUCAGUAUAAAUAACCAAAAAUAUCACAAAUAUAGGAAGAAAUUAUAAGAGAAGGUUUGCCACAUUUUUAUUUAUAAGUCGUAACUUAUCUACAACAUACAAUAUAUUAAAAAUUGAACAAAAGCAGGACAAUCAAGUGGUGUUUUUCUGGAGGUACACAAAUUCUACAUCUUGAAUUCAAUUAUUAUGUGGGACAUUAACAGAGAGAGUUAUGAAAAAUAGCUUCAGAAUUAAUGUUUGGAGAUAUUUAUGGUUUUCAAAGUGUACAAUCUACAGCAAAAGUUUGACAUAAAAUAUCGGUUUAUUCAUCUUCAUAGGAUUUACUGGGAAUAGCAGGGAGAACUGAAAGUAUUGAGAGACAUGAUUUUUACUCGUUAUACACUUUUUUCAUUGAAAGUAAAAAAAAACACUAACAGCUGUAUAUUUAUUUCAAUGCUAAGCCACUGGGAUAUUUUUCAUUAAGAACUUUUCAACAUAAGCUGACCUUUGACCAUGUGCAUUAUUGUUACCACGGGAAGUAACAUUUGUACAAAUAAAAGUUAUUCUUUACCACCUAAUACACAUAAAUGGUUUACUUCAGUCUUUAAUGACAAAGAUACAGCACCAUCCAAACUAAUAUGUAUGUUUAAUUGUAACUGCAAAUCAAAUAUCGUCUAAACAUAUGGCAGCUACAUUGGAUGAACGUGCACAAAUCUCAUCAAGUUAUA